AUGCAGCAGAUGGCCGCUGCCGAUGCACCACACUUGCAGGAGGAGGAAGACUACGAUCAGAUCCUGCCCUCGUGCCCCAUCGUGGUCAGCGAGGAGUCCUUCCUGGAGCCCCACGAGGAGGACCCCUCCCUUCUGCUGGGCGCCGACAUCUCUGAAUCGACGUGGCUCGGUGAGGCGGCAACGGGAGGAGACGAAGAUGAAGGCGACCACGAUGAAGAAGAAGAAGGGGAGGGCAGCCUCUGGGGUCUGCCACCAGCCGUGGCCGAGAUCUUGGGCCAGCGCGGCAUUACCCAGUUUUAUGAGUGGCAGCUGGAGUGUUUGAACAGCAGGGCCUUUCUCUCGGGCGAAAACUUCCUUUUGUCCCUCCCGACCUCGGGCGGCAAGACCCUCGUGGCGGAGAUAGCUCUGCUGCGCUGCAUUCAAGUGGCCGGCCGCACAGGCUUGCUGGUGCUGCCCUACGUGUCGCUCGUGGCCGAGAAGUCGCUGGCUCUCGAGCAGUUCACCACCGCCCUGGGCUUUCGCACCGAGGUCGGAGUGAUCGUAAGUCAACUGGCGGAAGAGGGCCGGCUCGCCGAGCUGGGCGCCGUGGUGGUCGACGAGCUGCGUAACGUUGCCAACCGACCCGACUCGACGUCCCACAUGAUCGGCGACGGCGAGCGAGGCGCGGCGCUGGAGCACCUGCUCUCUAAGGUGCUCUUUCUGUCGCCCACGACCCAGAUCGUGGGGAUGUCGGCCACCAUCGGCAACCUGCCCCAGGUGGGCCGCUGGCUCCGUGCCACCACCUACACCACCGAUUUUCGUCCCGUGCCCCUGCGACAAAUGAUCAAGAUCGGGUCGCACGUGUUCGAUGAAAGAGGGCACCGCCUGCGGCGGAUGGACCCCGACUCGCACGACGCCGAACAAAUGCUGCCGCUCAUCACCGAGGUGAUUCCGCAGCACAGCGUGCUGAUAUUCUGCCCCACGAAGCGACAGACGGAGGUGUGCGCCAAGACCCUGUCUGUCGCGCUGCCGCCCGCCAGCCCCGACUUGCGGCAAGCCAGGGAGUUGGUCCUGCAGCGUCUCAGGGCGUCGGGGAGUGGGGUCGACUCCCUGCUGGCCUCGACGCUCCCGGCCGGCGUGGCCUACCACCAUUCGGGGUUGACCACCGAGGAGCGCGAGAUCAUCGAAGAGGCCUACCGCUCGCGCGCCAUCAACGUCCUGCUCUGUACAUCGACCCUCGCCGCAGGGGUGAACCUGCCGGCCCGGCGCGUCAUCAUCCGGGCGCCCUACACCGGCAAUGCGUUCCUGACUCGGGCGCGCUAUCUCCAGAUGGUGGGCCGCGCCGGUCGCGCGGGAUUGGACGAGUACGGUGAGUCGAUUCUCAUCAUCAAGAAGGAGGACAAGCAGCGCGGCAUCGCCCUCCUGCAGGGCGACAUCCCACCCGCCCUCAGCCAAUGCAGGGACGAGGCGUUGCACCGGGUGCUGUUGGACGCGCUGGCCUCGCGCUACGCGCCGACGACGGACGACCUGUGCACGUUCAUGUCCUACACGCUGCGCGGGCUCGAGGCGUGGGAGGGCGCCGGCGAGGCGCGGGCCGAGGCCACCUCGCGCUCGGGGCUGACGCCGCUCGUGGCGCUCGCGCUGCGGGACGAACUCGAGAACGCGCGCAGGCGCCUCAUCGUAGCCGAUGAGCUGCACCUGUGCUAUCUCGUCACGCCCAUCGGCAACCUGCUUGACCCACCAGACUGGAUGGGUUUGUUCAACACGUACCAGAAGCUGGGGGCGGUGAAGCAGGAGAUCGGGAGCGCGGUGGGGGUGCGCGAGGCCUAUCUGUCGGCCCGGGCCACGGGCAAGGUGGCGACCACCGACGAGGCCCGGCGGAGCCACUUCGUGUGUCAGCGGUUCUUCACCGCGCUCGUCCUCCACGACGUCCUGCGCGAGGUGCCCCUGCGCGACAUCACCGACCGCUACCGCGUCAACCGCGGCUCCAUCCAACAACUCAUGCAAAAAGCGUCGAGCUUUGCGAACAUGUCGCGGGUGUUCUGUCAGCAGAUGGGGUGGUGGGAGCUGGCGGUGCUGAUGGACAAGUACGUGCCGCGGCUGUUCCACGGGGUGAAGGAAGAGCUCGUUCCCCUCGUGGAGCUCGCCUCUCUCAAACAGCCCCACGCCCGCGCCCUCUUCCAAGCCGGGUACCAGUCGCCGCGCGCCAUCGCGCAAGCGCAAGCGGAGGACUUGGUAGCACGGGCCGGCCUCGGUUCGCAUUUCUCGGUCGAGGUGGCGCAGCGGGUGAUCGACGAGGCCAAGGCACUAUUGGAGAAGAGGGCAGCCGAGAUGCGCGCCUCCGCUGAGGAUCUGGUCCGCGCAGCCGCUACGCUCGACUCUCUGUAA